AUGGAAAUGGAUAAUGGCGGCUUGGUAGGAAAAGCAAAGUCAAUGACAAAAUUUAGCGAGUUGUUGCAUGUUGCAUUUACCGAUUUCUGCCACAUUGAUGAUGACACGGUCAGGGAGAUGCGUCAAAGACAUCAGCUUAAAGUCGUUGCCAGUAUUGAAUCUUCUGCCAAACGAUCCACUAUCCGCAAUCUCGAUACCACAGCAGGUCUCAAUACAGAUGAGCUCAGCAGCCUUUAUGAUAUCUUUCACAAUGUGCAAUACUACCAUGAUAGCCAAGAAAGCAAUAUGGACUAUGCAUGUUUUGAAGCUCUCAUGGGCAAGCUGACAGCAUGGGCCAAAAUUUUACCACGUACUGAUGAUCAGCACGAACGUCAAGAUAAGGUUGGCAGGAGUUUUCUCAUGCGUUUAUUCAAUUUGUUUGAUCGAGGGGGUCGGGGUAGUUUGAGUUUCCAGGAUAUCGUGAUUGCUUUAGGUGGUAUACUCAAAGGAGAUCAUAACGCACAGAUCUCUCUCUUUUUCAAAGCACAUGAUCCAAAUCAGAAUGGAUACCUUGAGCGAGAACAAGUGUUGCAAUUCUCGGAGACCUUGCUUUGGAUAUUCCGUGACACCCAAGACGAGGGACCUCUCGACUCUGUAUCCGAAUUCCUACGUUGUGCGUUCAUGUAUUCUGAAAACAAUGCUCAUCGUGUUGAAAAAAGCCUUUCCUUGGCAUCAUUAAGGAUGAUUGUCUUGGCAGAUGAGCUUUUGAUGGACUUUUUCACACGUGGAUUUGCAGACUCGUUCAAGUUGCUCGUACAAAAGUCAUCAAUAUCCAAUGCAGAAAAGCGUCGUAGCUUUACCGAUAUUCUGGAUGGUCUAUUUGCUCUAUCAUCUUACUCUGGAGGGGAAUCGAGAUCAAGAUUAGGAUCCAUAUCCUCCAUUACUACGUCCUUUAGCAAUGGGAAGGAAUCAAGUAAUGGCGCCAUCAACAUCAACAACAACAAAACAUCACGACCACCCUCGAUGAUCGUAUCACAACAAUUGACCCAGGAACCACAAUCAGUAUCGAAUGAGUCAAUUCGAAGCAGGGCCAAAAGUAGUGGAUAUCAGCGGUAG